GUCUGAUAGCCUUAUCUCAAACAGCGCAGGUGCAAAUAUUAUACAUUUUAUUUUAAUUGAUUGAUUGUCUUUUAUCGAAAUGGUCGCGGCGGCUGGAUUCCUUUUAUUGGGUAUAGUAGCUGUUUCAGCCUACCCAGCGGACCCGGUGCUCAAGAAGUACGACGAUGGUCUGAGAUACCAAUAUGUGCGAGGGCCAGACGGCACCCCCUAUUUGGUCGAUCUCUGGUUCAAGGCCAGCGACGCGGCUGAAGUAGCUAGAUAUUCUCCGGAUACGCAGAACAUUUAUCACCUAUUCACAAGAGCUAACCCAACAGUGAGCCAGCCGCUCCUUGUAGGCGAGAAUGGGCUUCUUGGCCUCACAAACUACGCGGCUCAUAAGAGAACUGUCAUGAUCAUCCACGGCUGGCUGGACAGCGUCACGGCUGACGUCAACACAGUUCUUGUUCCAGCUUUCCUGUCUGCUGAGGACGUGAACGUGAUCGUGGUGGAUUGGAGCGCGGGCGGCGGCACCAUCAACUACGCCGCUGCUGUGGCUAACACCGUCACCUCUGGUGAGAGUGUUGCCCGCUUCAUUAACUGGCUCAAUGUAGUCACAGGGUCAGUCCCUGGACAAUACCACAUUGUCGGACACAGUUUGGGUGGUCACCAGGCUGGCAUCAUUGGCAGAAAUAUUAACGGAAACAUAGCUUAUAUCACUGCCUUAGACCCCGCCUUUCCGGGCUGGAUAACCAAUGAGGACAAAUUCAGAGCUGACGACGGGGCCUACACAGAAGUGAUCCAUACUAAUACCGGGGUCUUGGGCUACAUCGCCACGCUGGGCCACGCGGACUUUUACCCUAAUGGAGGGGUCAACAUGCCUGGGUGCUCGUCUCAGGAGUGUGAUCACGCUAGGUGCUUCUACUAUUUAGCUGAAUCUUUAACCAGCGGUGGGUUCAAUGGUCGCCGCUGCGCGUCGUACGUCACCGCUAUGACCGGCAAUUGUAUUCUUUGGGGCAAUCUACAGAUGGGAGGAUUGGUGCCCAAGACUGGGUCGUCUGGUAUCUUCUACUUGCAAACAAAUGCUGCGCCACCUUUUUCUCAAGGAUAAAUCGUUCUAACUGGAAAAAAACGCGUUCUAUCUAAAAACUGGUUUUAACUGUAACAUAUAUCUACUUCAAUGUACCUAAUGCAAUAAAAUAAGAAUAUUUAAUUAACAA